UAUUAAAAGAUUAGAAGAUGCUAUCCCAGCAGGUGAAGAUUAAAUAAUUUUAUGUUAUUAAAGGCAAUGGAAGUGAAAUGUAAACAUUGCAGAAAGGACCUGUUCAAUAAACUAUUUAUUCAAUUAUUAACAUCUCAUGGUGAAGUUAAGAAAAAUAAUAUGGAUGUAGGAUGCGGAGUAAACGAUCCUAAAUGUUGUUCAUAUAUGUCAAUGGAAAAAUUACCUGAAUGGAUUGAACAUGCUAUAACUCAAGAAUCCUGGACAAAGGGUAGGCUUCAUUGCCCAAAUUGUAAUAAUCGUAUAGGUUCAUUUAAUUUUGUAAAUGAAUUAAAGUGUAAUUGUAAUGAAUUUAUAACACCCCCAAUCAGGAUAACUAAUAGUAAAGUAGACAUUUUGUUUGAUUCUAAAUAA